AUUCAGAUUAAGGUUUUGGACCUCUCUGAUUUUUAAUUUCUGUUUGGCUCACUCUACUAUGUUUUUGGCUCAAUUUGUAUAUGAUUUACCUUCAUUUUUGGCUCAAUUUGUACAUGAAGCUCCUUGGUUUGAAUUGAAAAAUCAUGAUUAUUUGUCAGAAUUAAAAUGCAACAACUUUGAUCUGAACACCCAAUGAAGGUUUUUUGUUUUUUUUCUUUUUGUAACACUUGAAUCCAAACACCCAAUCACGCACACCCAAACACCACCUAAUUUCCCAAAAAUCCCUAAACCACUCUCUCUCUCUCUAUACACACACACACACAAGCCCACUGUCUCUCAAUCUAAAACUCAGAAUAUACACACACCAUCUCUCUAUCAAAAAUUCAGAAUAUAAUAUAUAUAUAUAUAUAUAUAUAUAUAUAUAUAGUAUCUCUAUGUGUCUGUCGCCACUCUCUGUAUAUGUGAGUGUAUAUAUAUAUAUAUCUGCAGCCUCUCUCCUUCUAUAUAAUAUUGGUGGUUGCCAAUGGAAGAAAAAAUUUAUAGUAGUCCUCACAAAAAAUAACAGAUCAACGUACAUACAGAAACAAAUCACAAAAAGAAAAAGAAAAAGAAAAAGAAAAAGAAAAAGAAAUAUAUAUAUAUAUAUAUAUAUAUAUAUAUAUAUAUAGAUGAUGGUGAGUGAGUAUGACGGAUUUAUAAAUUAUUAAACCCUUUUUUCUUUGCCCAUCUAGACAAAAGAUAAGCUUUAGAGAGAGAGAAGAGUGUUUGUGGAGAGGCCAUGAAGUUGGAGAACCAGAGGGUGGUAAUGACAGCUGACUGUGGAAAUGGGUGUGAGGGAAGAAGACGAAGGAGUGGAAGUCUGUAGAGAGAGAUGGAAGAGGCUAUCCUACCUCAACCAUACUGCGUCAAAAGUAAUGCUAUUGAGUUCCGUUCGUGUAAACAAUUGGGUUUCCUCCAUCAGUUCGCUACGAUUUCACAACACAACUUCUUUAUUUGUUGAUUGUCAUAUAACCCUAGAAUUCGGAAUCUCCACUAGUAUUUAUAAUAAGUGUGGACUGAGAAGGGAGAACCGGACCCUGCAUUAAUUGCCAGGUUUCAAUUUACUCUUUACUCAGCAACUUAAAGAACAAGAAAAUGGCUGAAAUGGUGGUUGGAGCACUUCUCUCGGCUUCCUUUGACGUGCUGCUUGAUCGUCUGGUUUCUCCGGAGUUCAAAAGCUUCUUUUCCAAACAAAAAUUUGAUGAUGGACUCAGAAGCAAUAUGAAGACAAAGUUACUGGCCCUUCAAGUAGUGUUGGGUGAUGCCGAGGACAAGCAGAUUACCAACCCGGCAGUGAAAGCUUGGCUGGACGAGCUCCAACAUGUUGUCUACCAAACUGACGACUUACUGGACGAGAUAGCUACCAAGGCCUUGAGGCACAAGUUGGAAGCUCAUGAUCAAAGCAGCGCAAGUGUGGUUGGUCGAUUUCUCCAUCUAAUGAAGCAAUUUCUGUUACCAAUUAAUUGUUUUGUCUCGACUCCUGCUUAUCAUUCUGAUAAUGAAAUAGAGUCCAUGAUGAAAGAGGUCAUCAAUAAAUUGGACGAGUUCAUCAACCAAAAAAAUUCUCUUCCUUUGGAGAGUGUUAGAAGACAAGGAACUUCCUCCACACAAAACAACAGAGAUGAAACUUCCAUAGUAAAUGAGUACUCUCAGAUUUAUGGGAGGGAAGAUGACAAAAAGAAGAUAAUGAAAUUGUUGACGUUGUCCGACAAUAAUGCAACUGGGAAUCAGAUUCCUGUGAUCUCCAUUGUUGGAAUGGGUGGCUUGGGAAAGACAACCCUUGCUCAACAUAUAUACAAUGAUACUGAAGUACAUGAGAAAUUUCAUUUGAAAGCAUGGGUUUGCGUUUCCGAUUCAUUUGAUAGUUGCAGGAUAACAAAGAAAAUUUUGGACGAUGUCACCGAUACAAACAAUAACAUCGACAACAUUGACAAGCUUCAAAUCAAGUUGAAAGAGAGCGUCGCUGGGAAAAAAUUUCUUAUUGUUUUAGACGAUGUUUGGAACGAUGAUUAUAUUGCCUGGGACGGCUUAAGAAAACCUUUCAUUGGUGGAGCACAGGGAAGUAGGAUUAUCGUAACAACACGCAGUGACAAGGUUGCAUCAGUAAUGGGCGCCAUUUCUAGUCAUCACUUGGAGCCACUGUUGGUUGACGAUUCUUGGUCAUUAUUUGCAAGUCAUGCAUUUGUGAAUGGAGGUCAUAUGCCUAAUUCAGAGCUAGAGAAAAUUGGAAGAGAAAUUGUGAAGAAGUGUGGAGGCCUGCCUUUAGCUGUAAAAUCACUUGGGGGUCUCUUGGGGCCCAAACAGGAUAUUGAGCACUGGAAAAAAAUACUGGAAAGCAAGAUAUGGGGUUUGAAGGAGAAAAACGUUAUUCCAGCUCUAAGAUUGAGCUAUCAGUAUCUUCCUUCGUAUUUAAAGCGAUGCUUUGCAUAUUGUUCGAAAUUUCCUAAAGAUUACGAAUUUGAGAAGGAGAAAUUAGUCCGGUUAUGGAUAGCCGAAGAUCUUGUGCCGCAGCAGCCCAAAAGCAAAAAUUCAGUGGAAGAAGAAGGUAAUGACUACUUUCAUGAACUACUAUCAAGGUCAUUCUUUCAGAGAUUAAGUGACAGUCCUUCCUAUUUUGUAAUGCAUGACCUACUCAAUGAUUUAGCUCAAGAUAUAUCUGGGAAGUUCUGUGUUAGGUUGGAUGAUGACAAACCACUUCAUAAUAUAUGUGAAAAAGUUCGCCAUUUCUCAUAUCUUCAGUGCGAAUAUGAUGCAUUUGAGAAAUUCAAGGUUAUUAACAAGGUUAAUUGUUUACGGAGUUUCAUAUCAUUUCGAAGUGAAGGAUGGUCUUUUUUCUUGGGCAGGAAGGUCCUACAUGAUAUGUUACCAACUUUGAGAUACUUAAGGGUGUUAUCUUUGUCAAGAUAUGAGAUUCAUGAACUGCCUCAAUCGAUUGAAAAUUUGAUACAUUUACGCUAUUUGGAUCUCUCUCGGACUCGACUCAAACGAUUACCUAAUACAGUAACAACGUUGUGCAACUUACAGACAUUAGAUUUGUCAUUUUGUGAGCAUCUUAUUGAGUUGCCUGUCAACAUGGGAAAACUAGUAAAGUUGCGCUAUCUUGAUAUCCGAAAAACUAGAUUUGCUGAGAUGCCAAUGCAAAUGAGCAAACUGAAAGAUCUCCAACGUCUAACAGAUUUUGUAGUUGGCAAGGAUGGUGGGUCAAGAAUUAGUGGGUUGAAGGAACUCAGUCAACUUCGGGGGCAACUCUGCAUUUCAGAGCUUCAAAAUGUAACCAGUGGUCCGGAGGCGUCAAAGGCUAAUCUGAAAGGAAAGGAGCAUCUUGAAGGGUUGGAGCUGAAAUGGGGCAGCGAUACCGACAAUUUACAAAAUGAAAGAGUUGUACUUGACAACCUACAACCUCAUGCGGGAGUGAAGCAUCUCCGUAUCAUUAACUAUGGGGGCACAAGAUUUUCGAAUUGGUUAGAGAAAGGUGAUUUGUUACGUGACAUGGUGUCCUUGGAUCUUAUAGGCUGUAAAAAUUGCUCUUCUUUGCCGUCAAUUGGGCAGUUACCCUCUCUAAAAUAUUUAACAAUUGAAAGCAUGAAUGCAAUAAGGAAGGUCGGUGGGGAGCUGUAUGGGAAUGCUUCUUCUUCAAUCAAACCAUUUAAAUCUUUGGAGACACUAAGGUUUCAUAAAAUGGCAGAGUGGGAGGAAUGGGAUGCAUCAGGGAUUGAAGAGUUCUCUAGGCUUAUAGAGUUUUCUAUAGACAAUUGUCCUAAGUUGACCAGUGAAUUAUCUAUCCGCUCCCCAAUCCUAACAAAGCUUAACAUUUCCAAAUCCAAUCAAGUUAGGCUGUUACUGCAAGGACUUCCUUGCAUUCAGGAGUUGAAGAUUCCAAAUUUGACGGAAUUGCCGCAGCAAAUGCAACACCUGUCUUCUCUACAGGAAUUGGAGAUUUCAGGGAUGUCAAACUUGAAGGAAUUGCCACAGGAGUUGUGCCGAUUAGUAAAUCUUGAAAGGUUGAAGAUAGAGGAAUGCCGGAGGCUUGUGUCAUUUCCGGACAUGAGGCUGCCGCCGAAGCUUAAGACGCUGGAGAUCAAAAGAUGUCAUGGUCUACAGUCCCUAGCAUCAGAGGAAAUCAUCAACAAUUGUCUUGAAGAGUUGCGUAUCUCUGAUUGUUCAUCUCUUCUUCAGGUGUCUUUUCCUAUCGCUACAUUGAAAAAACUUGACAUCUCCAGCUGUAUCGCUCUACAUUCCCAAGCAGCAGCAACAGUACCAUCAGAGGAAAUCAAUAAUAUUCGUCUUGAAGAGUUGCACAUCUAUAAUUGUUCAUCUCUUGCUAAGGUGUCUUUGCCCACUGCUACAUUGAAAACACUUAACAUCUCCUCCUGUAGGAGAUUAGAGUUUCCCCUGUCCGAGGAGAUGAAGGAUUAUAAUUACUCCACAUCCAUUGAAGUUUUGAGUAUUAAUGAAAGCUGUGAUCUUCUCAAGUCGCUGUGGUUAGGCUUCUUUCCAAAGCUUCGUGUUCUCUACAUCAAGUCGUGUAUGGAUUUGGAAACGCUCUUGAUCCCAACCAUGCUUCAACAUCUGAUAAACCUUGAAAUAGUGAGUUGCCCUAAAAUGGUAUCCUUUCCCCAUGGUGGUGGAGAUAGAGGAGGAUCAUUGGCCAUUCCCAAUCUCAUGGAUUUGACAAUCUGGGAUUGCAAGAAUCUGAAGCGGCUACCGCAUCAAAUGCACACCCUCCAAUCUCUUCAUAAUUUUCAGAUAAAAGAAUGUCCGGAAGUUGAAUCAUUUCCAGACGAAGGUUUGCCAUCCAACUUAAGGAGACUUGAUAUCAUUAAUUGCAAUAAACUGAUGAAGGGCCGGAUGAGGUGGGAUUUGCAGCAAAAACUCCCAUCUCUUGAAGAAUUCUGGAUCGGAAGUGAAAAUGAAGAAGAAGAGUUGGAGUCAUUUCCGGAGGAGUGGCUGUUGCCCCCCACUCUUACUAGACUUUACAUCUGGAACCUUUCAAAUCUGAAAGCACUGAACCACAAGGGCCUUCAACACCUCACCUCUCUUACAGACCUAACCAUUUGGAAUUGCCGUAAUCUCCAGUCCUUGCCAGAAGAGGGGCUGCCCAACUCCCUCUCUUUCCUGCUAAUACAAACCGAAUAUACUUCAUUGGUGGAACUUGUUCUUGAUUGGUCCAAGAUUUCCCGAAUCCGCCGCAUACAGCUCGAUUUUGUACGAGACAUAAUAAACUUAGAGUGAGAAUGAUUGAGUGGUUUGUAAUCGUCCAGAAAAACCGAAUCAGACUGCAGUGGUGGUGUGACAUUAUGCUAGUACGUGGUGGAAGUGCUAUUAUGUUACGGGUACAGGGAUAAGUUGCUGUGGGCAGCUUUGUGACUAUACAAGGCCACCAAAUCACGGAUCCUCUCAAUGUUCUCUAUUCCUUGUUAAUUGCUUUCUAUCCAAAGUUGUUUUCUUAUAAUUUUUUAUUGAAAUCCUCUUCUCUUUUUCCUUCAUUUUUUAUUUUCUAAGACAUAUAACACUUUUUCCUGCGUAAGAAAUGGUGACGGUUAUGUUUGAUUAGAAUUCUGUUUCUACCAUGAAAUUUCAGGUAGUUCUAAAUCUAAUACAACUUUCAAGCCAAUGUUCUUCAUUUGUUACACAGUACAGUCUUCAAAUUCCUACUUGUACACAUUAUGUCUACAGGAGGACUUAAAAAAUAAGUUCUACUUAAAAUAAGUUCUACUUAAAAGGAGGAAUUAAAAAAUAAGUUCACUUAUUACUAAUCGUUGGACACUUAGAAUAAAAAAAAUAAAAAAAAAAACCUCAAUCUACAAUUACUGCUCAAAACUUCAACAUUUAAAAUUCAAUUCUUAAAAUUUACUGUACUUAAAAUUCAGUUGUUUAAAACUGAAGAACUAAAUGUCCAAAAAUGCUGGGAAUCUCAUUAUUGUAUGUUGAAUUUCUUUCAUCAACUAAUCUGUGUUUUUUUUUUUUUUUUUGGUCUCUCUUAAAGUCAUUAUGGGUUGAUUUUGGCAAGGUACUCCAUUCAGAUUUUUCACGAUUUCUUUUUGUUCAGCAUUGCAUAAAUUGGUGGAAGUUCUCUAGAUAGUUGAGGACUGAUAAAAAGAGUCAAACACUUUUAAGUGUAUCCUCAAGUUUGCACACGGUAAAAAGUGUUUUGGUUCCUGACUUGUUACUCAACAUGAUAUUAAUAAUUUGAUUUUAGAAAAGAGGAGAUGGUGGUUGAUAAAAUGUCAAAGUCUUUUUGGGGUUCAAUUAUUCAUCAAAGUAAUAUGUGUUCACCACGAGUAUGACUUGAAUCAUUGUAUAACACAAUUUGAGUAUCGAUAAAAAUAUAAGUUCUACUUAAAAUAAGGUGAGAUUUUAAUUGAGUGAUUUCACUUAUUGCUAAUAGCUGGACACUUAAAAUAUAUAUAUAUAUUUUUUUAAAUGCUCAAUCUAUAAAUACUGCUCAAAACUUCAACAUCUAAAAUUCAGUUGUUAAAAAAAUAAUAAUAAUAAAUAAAAAUAAAAAUUGGACCGAUUUAAAAUUAAUGAGGUAGGCAAAUUGACUAGCAUAUGUUCAAAACACAUGCAGACUUCUACUUGAAUCAUUUUUGGUGAAAUAUAAAAUUGUGCCAAAGCCACUACAAUAUGGUAACAGACAUCUAUGGGGUGCUUUGAGUUCAAUUCUUAUUAUUAAUUAUUUUAUUGUUACUGGGUAUUAUAAUUUUCACAUUCUUGACUGACAAAACCCAUGGAUGCCCCUUUUUUUUUUUU